AUGGGGCGCACGACAUCCCUCAGUAGUAGCGCGCGACCUGCUGCUCGUCGCGCGCCCUUUCUCCCUCCUCCCUUUUGUCGCGCGCGGCCCAUACUGCCGUCGCGCGCGCCCUCCUUCCCGCUUCCGCCCGCCCCUCGUCCCUCACCCGCGCGUCCCUCCGCUCCCCUCGUCGCGCGCGGGGUGCGUUGCUGUCGCGCGCCUCCUCCCCCCCCAUGCGCGCCUUUCUGCAUUCUGCUGUUCGCCAUCACCACUCCCCUCUACGAAAUUCGCCUCUUCACUCCCCUCAUCCUCCUCUCUCUCCCUUCAUUCCCUCUCCAACCUUCCCCUUUCCUCCGCCUCCUAUCUCCCCUCAGCUGCAGCAGCUGGCUGCUGAUUUCGCCUUGUGGCUGUGCCUCUCUCCACUCCUCUCCCCUCUAUCAAGACCCUUCUCCAUACAAUCCGCCCCUUCACCCUCCUCCUCUCCUCUCUCCCUCCUUUCCCCUCCCCAUCUCGCUCUCUCCUCCGCCUCUCUCCUCUCUCCAUCUGCCGGAGCUGGUUGCUGACCUUGUCUCGUCGUCCUGCUCUGCUUGUGUCUCCUUCCCCUCCUAUGGCGCCCAUUCUUGCGACUCCCUCUCUUCCUCGCCGCUACUGCCCUCUCCCUCCUGCUGCUGUCCCUCAUCCCUUACCCCUCCUUCCCCUACCCUACGCGUCAUCCGCUCCCCUCUCUCCCACUUGGACCGCCUCUCCCUUUUGCCGCUGGACCUCUCCUCCUGUCUCGUUUCUACAGUCUCACCAGCGUCUCCAGUCCCCUGCCCCGCCAUCGCUUUCCGUCGCGACUCUUGGUGCUGA